AUGGCAAGCGUGGACGUUCUUCUGUUUAUUUCCUGUUUAUUUCAGCUCAUUAUCUCAAACAAGGCUAAACGAGCACAGCCUGGAGUUACACUGGAUAUUCCAUCAGACUUUCAUGAACGAAUGAAGGUGUACUAUGAUUUUGUGGAGAUAAUUGCCGCGCCUUCCCAUGCAGAAGCAGAGUUUGACAUUGUUCUCCUUUACAGGACCAAAGAAGCAAGGCUUUUGUCUGUAGAAAUCAUAUCAAUCGGAAUAGAGGGCAAAGAGCGUAAUGAGUUCAAAUACACGCUUAUGGUACUGCAUCGUUCAGAAAAAACGCAAAAAUUACGAGUGCGGGUUACACUCCGAGAUUCAUUGAUGUAUUUUGAAAACAGAGCUCUGAAUAUAUUUCCAGAUCUUUACGUUGAGCAGAUUCAUGUGACAAUAACUUUGCUUGAUCUUCUACCUGGUGGGUUAGAUUCAAAGCCCGUGUUAGCUGGGGAUUUUCUAGUAUUGCCUCUAACCUCUCCGUGGAGAAGACCUCAAAAACCAGGCUUCAGUUUUUCAUGGCCUUGGGAACAUUUGAUGAGACACAAGCAGUGGAAGAUUGAGAAAUGUAUGCAUCUUAAAGGUACGUGUCCUAUUGCCUUUAAAUUUCAACCCCCCUUUUCUCUUUCCAUAUCAUCAUUGAUUGCAAUAUAUACUUAAGUUUAUUUUUAUCUCAUAAUGGUUUUACAGAUAUUGUUGACUUGUUAACUUUUCCCGUUGCACUAACUGGCAAAGAGACAGGAGUUAAAAGGUAUAUCCUUGCUAAUUUUCAACUUGCAAAUUGGGAAAAGAAUGUCACUUAAUUUAUGAUUAUCAUCAUCAUUAUCAUCAUGCCUACCAUGCCUUUGUGGAGGCACGGUGGCCUUAUGGUGCGCUCGACUCUGGAUCGAGUGGUCUAGGUUCGAGCCCUGGCUGGGGUCAUUGUGUGUGUUCUUAGGCAAGACACUUUACUCUCACAGUGCUUCUCUUCACCCAGGUGUACAAAUGGGUACUAGCAAAUGUGCUGGGGGUAACCCUGCGAUGGACUAGCAUCCCAUCCAGGGGGGAGUAGCAAUACUCCUAGUCACUUCAUGCUUAGGAAACCAGAGUUAAGUGCUGGCCCCAUGGGCCUCUUGGGCCUGUAUAAAGGCUUUACUUUUUUUUCUUACCAUGCCUAACUUUGCUUUGUCCUAGAAUUCUUCCACCGCUUGCAUGGCCUAGGGAAGAACUGGCUGAGGCACACAGCAGAACAAAACCAAGGUGAUACUAGUGUAUGUUAUUUAAUUAUCAUUUUUAUCAUAUGAAUAGUGCCACUUCAUGCAUUUUUAUUAAAAAACAUCAUUUCCUGUGAGAAUUCUUCCAAAUGCAAGAGGAAGAGUAGAAAGGGAGAGAAUGCUGGCAAUGUGAUAAGAUGCUUGAUGAAUAAAGGGGGUAAGUUUCUAAAUAAACUGUGGUGCUGCAUUGGUGGGAGAGUGUAGCAAGUAAUUAAGUGUUAACAACUAGGUUCAUCAUCAUCAUCAUGCCCUUUACGCCUAACAGGCAUGUAGGGCAGCAACGUGUUCCCAGAUGUGGCGAUCCCAGAUGUGGAGGGAACACGUUGCUGCCCUAUAGCAUAACAUUAACAUAAAUUGGCCACCGUAAAGAGUAAAAAAGCUGACGUUUCAAGCAUUAGCCCUUUGUCAGACUUUUUACUCUUUCUGGUAGCCAAUUUACAUUUUCAACCUAGUUUUUAACACUAAAUUACCUGAUAAGAUGCUUAUUGACUUAAAGUUAGUCAGGCUGGAUGGGAAAAUGUUUGGCUCUUGGGAAGGGACCCCACUGCACUUGUUUCAUGUAGUAUGACAAGGCGCCAAAUAUUUCCCCAUCUGGUCCUCUUACUUAGUCUAUAACUAAUUUGUCUUGUUGAAAGUUUGUCAUGUGUGAUCCAGAUUUACAAGACAUUGAUUUCCUUCAUAGAUUUACCAUUUCAACAUGGAUUUUCAUAUUUGAGCCUUGUCUUGAUGGUCUUUGUGGAAUUUUAAAUCACAGAAGUACAUCUCUUUUGACUCCAUUACUGAGUAUAACGUCAAGUGGUUAGUGACUUAUAUGUAGGAUGAUUUUAUUGUUUGUGUUAGUUAUGGGUCUUUAAAUCCUAAGAAUAUUAGAAAGGGGGGGGGGAGAUGCUGGUGCAUGCCCUGACUUAGUGGUUUAUGUGCUUGAAAGCUGAUGUGGUUGCUGUUACGUGUUCUUUGGCAAGACGCUUCACUUCCAUGGAGCCUCUUUCCACUCAGAAAUAUAUAAACAGGUGGCGCAAGCCUGUUGAUUGAAAAUAACCUGAAAAAAUGAGGAUGACCUUGGAUUGGACUGGUGUCCUGUCCAGGAGGACAGUGUGGUCAAAAAUCUGUAUAUGUGCAAACAUUAUAGUGGCUAGGUGGCUUGCUUUCAGGUUGUCUUAUAUAAAUUUUAGUCACCCUUGUAAGUCAUGGUGUUUUAAAAGCUCUUGCAGGAUGGGCCAUCUGGCCUGUAAGCUGAGGUAAUCAUUUUCCUUUUUCCUUACAGGACUUCAUAUUCAGGUACAAUACACACCUGAUCUUGGUUAUGCAUUUGUCAUCAACAGUCGGUUGCCUCUUAAGAAGUGGGUUCAGAUUGUGAUGUCAGUUGAUGAUAAAACUAUAUAUGUGUCAACCAGACACUACAAUGGUCAUGUGUUAGAAAAAGAGGAGAAUGCUAUCCACAAAGAGUGAGUUAUAGAGAGAAAAUUAAGUUUUUAUUUGCAAUUAAUUCACUGUUUCCUUUUUGAAAUAGAAAUCUUGACUUCACUCUUGAAUUGAUGCUGUAACACUAUCAAAUUAGAUGUUAUAAUAUUUUAUUGAUACUCUGUAAUUGACCCUUUAAUCCUUGAGAGUGAUCAGCAUCUAAUUUCUCCCUACAGUAUCACUCCUGAAUCACACAUUAAGGUCAUGAGAAUAAAGGAAAUGGUCACCAGAGAAGGAAACUUUUGAUUGGCAAACAAAUUCUCCUUGUCAGCACCUUAGGAAAUGUAUGAAGAGCAGUGUGGAGAAUAUGCAUACUGAUGUUAGGGUGUAAAUGGUUAAUAAUGUAAUGCAACAUAUUAUUACCUAGGUUUCCUUAUGGGUCAUUUAAUUACAAAGACACUGAAGGAUUUUGGGUGCUUGGUGGCACUGAUGGAUCCCAAACCUUCCAAGGAAUCAUUGGACACACACGUAUAUAUAGGCGUCACCUCCUAUUUCCAAACCAGGUAAUAAUAUAUCACUUUUUAUAGAUAUUGAAAUUCAGCCAAUGCAAAUAUCUUGUAUAACUGAUGAGGAGUGAAGGAAUUUGAUAAACUUAGCCAGUAAUUGAUUUAUGACAGUUAUCCUGGAGAAAGUUCUUUUUUUAAAUUUCUUGUUUCAGGUCUUCUCUCCCCCUAAGGAUCAUAUCAUGUUCCGCAUGGGUAAACUGAAUUUUCCAUUACUACUUUGUGAAUCUUAACUUUUCAUCAUUUUCAUUGCCUUUAGUCACUUGCACUCCUCAUUUACACCAACAAAGGAAGUAGAGAAAAAAUUGAUUUAAAUUAUGAUUCAAAUUUCAGCCCUUACAGAUCACUCAGUUGCAUGUGGUGAAAGGAUUGUCAACUUACAUGAAUCUGUAUUAGAGGACAUUGAGAAAGAAUCAGUAGAAAAUGGUAAGCUGAUGUUGACUUUGAUGAUAAUUUGAAGUUAGAGACCCCAUGUUCUAAAUAUUUACUUUUGCUAGUACUAUUGUUGGAAUGAUGAUUUGAAUAAAGCUAGACCCAGUUAAUCUUGAUCUUACUUUUACAUAAUCCUGCAAGAUUCUUCACAGUACCCAGUGGUCUUACCUAUGUAAAUUUAACAUGUAAUGAAGAGUGGAAAACUGUAGAGCAAUUAGAACAGAGUAAAAAAGAUUAGGAUACAUGUGGCUGUGGGAGCCUAUCCUAAUAUCUGUAGCAUGAGGUAACAACAAGUAAUUCUUUGCCUCUCAGACAAUGUACAUGUAAGUCACAUGUUACUUUCCAGCAAUUUUUAAAGAUUACUGAUACCCAUUUACUCUCCCGUUUUGAGUCAACACAGAGAUCAAAUGUAGGACAUAUGCAAUGGGAUCAAUUUUCCCAGCUGCUGAAACAGCUGCUGUCACACUAAAUAAACCAAGAAGAACUGAACUGUUUACAUAAAUUUGUAAAAGGGCAACAUGAAUAGGGAAAGGAAAAAUCAAGAUGUUUUGUACACAAAGCUUAUUUAAUUGUUGCAGAUUUCACGUUGGUUUACCACUUUUUUUAACCUUAAAAAAAGUUCUUCUGUUUUUAAACGUUGCAAUUUACUUGCUCGCAUGAUUGUCUAUAACUCAACACUUUUAAGACAACUUGGUUCUGACAUCCUGAAAGAGUGUCACCCAGUCAUCAAAAACAGUGCACAUUUGCAGAUGUUUGACCUCAGUGUUUGCCGUGAGAGAAAAAUCUGGCUAAGGAAUUUAUCAAAGUAACCAGCCUUGAACCUGUGUCUAUCAAUAACAAAAUCAGGAUACCAACCACUGAUCCACUUUUUAUGUACUCUCACUAUGAAUAAAAUAGUUUUUUUGUAUUUGUCCAGAAAACUGUGCUGCCAAACGUAGAUCCCUGAUGGAUCUUAUGCCAAUCUCAAACAGAAACAUCCAAAGCAAAGUUCCUUUAUCAGGGGAGACCCCAGAGGUGGAUGCCAUUAUUCGGGAAGCCAUGAGACACCAUCACAAUGACUUGAUAUCUAUGGCAGAAUUCCUAUAUCAGCUGGCAAAUGAAAAACUGGUAGGUUGUUUUCAACUCUUUGCCUUCCCUUGGAAAAUUGGUGAAAAAUGCUAUUUGGCAAUUCUAACAAGAUCUGACCUGACCCACUAACAUUUGGCUCGGUGUAAACCUCUGUUUUGAAAUUCAGUUAUAGUUGGUGACUACAUGCUUUCUUUCAAUCUUCAGGUUGAUGAUGUAACAAAAGCAAAUGAGGCAUUGGCCAUUUUCAGAGUGUCAAGCUGUAUGGGACACAUCAAGUCACAGUACAUGAUGGGAAUAAUGAAUUUGGUUGGGCUAGGUGUACCUCAACAUGAAAUCGAGGUAUGAAUACCACAAGAGAAUGGAUUAUAACAUUAAGGUGUUGUUUUCAUGGCCUGUCACAUGUUACUUUUCUAUGUACUUAGACUAAACGUUGUUUGUGUAUACUUAGCCUAUGUUAUGGUGUCAUCUCAGUGAAAUGGGUCUGGUACCAACAUUUUGCACUGUACCUCUUCAUUCUUUCAACUAUUGCAUAUCCCACAUGUUAGGCUUUCUCUCUUACCUCGUUGUCAUUGUGAGGCCUGGGAAAUGGUGGCUUUGCGACGUCACAGUUCGAGAUAGGGCACAGGAUUGACCGAGCGCAAAGGGCCUGGGAAUAACAACAAAUUAAUAAGAGAUGAAAACAGAACAAAGCGUUUUCAAACCUGAUGAGGGGGAGUAGGAAUGGCGCGAUGAAAAGCGCCAGGGUUUGAAUCAAACGGGUCGUAUGGAAUUAACUCUAUAGAUAUUCGCAUUACAAAGAGUAACUGGAGUAAAUUUCUAAAGAAACUGUGUUGCUGUGUCAUUGGGGUAGUAUGACAAUAUGAUUGGUUUUAUCAACUGAGUUGAUAAUAUAAAUUUGCCGCCGUAAAGAGUUUCUUAAGCUGACGUUUCGAGCGUUUGCCCUUCGUCAGAGCGAAUCGUUUAUUGCAACGAAGCUAUUACACUAUCAUCCAUCUUUUUUCAUUUUGCACAGCUUAGCCAUUCGCUCUGAUGAAGGGCUAAUGCUCGAAAUGUCACAUGGAGUAAGAUUGGUUAGUUAUUUCAAUUACUGCAGGGAUGGAAGUAUUUGAUGCUUGGAGCGGCUAAAGACCACGCCCUUAGUCAAAUGGCUUUAGCUUACAGACACUUUAUAGGAGCCGAUGGAUUACACCGAGACUGUGAUAUAGCUAUAGGUAUGACAAUGUGGAACAAAACCAUUGUUCAAUAAACAGAAUUAUAUCAAGGAAAAAAGGUGUCUGUGCCUUCUUAGAUGUCCUUUAAACGUACUAGUUCAUUCCCAAUUAGAGCGCACUGUGGUCGAGUUUCAUGUUUUUUUAAUCCAGAACAAAAGUAACUUGAGCUGUAAAUAACAAAAAGAUGGCAGAAAGGAGAUGAGAACUCAGAUUGAAUACAUGUAAAUGGCUCUAAGCGAGGAAAACGCGAGUUAGUGUCGAAGUAGUCAUUAGUUUUUGUUUUGUAUCUGAUCGGUUAAGAACAUGGCGCGAGUUUCUUGACCAAUCACGAGGCGAAGUAAGUCAAAACCAUAAUAUUCGACAAGCAUUUUGGUUCACGAUAAGUAUGGAUAAUUUUUUCAGAACUACCAAGUUGUUACUUUCUUGGACAUGACCUGAUUUGAGGUGUGAUUUCCUUUCAGGAUACUACAAGGCAGCAGCUAUGACCACAGACAAACUCUUGCAGGAACAUCAGGAAAUAAAUGUGAGUUAAAUGCAACGAAGCUUAGCUCGCGAGGAGGCCCUCCUACAAGACGCGCGUUUCUCCGUCUGCGGCAAGAUUUCAGACGAGUCGGGGAGAGGUUUGCUGUGGGUCUGGCACUAACGUGAUUAUCUGUCCUAGACCCCUUGCAGACCUCUCGCAUAAGGUUUCAUACUUUCCCGCGGGCGACGAAACGCUUAUGCCAAAGCGCUAAUGAAGAUGGCGUGCACGCAGACGAAAUAAAGUUAUUACACCAUCGUCCAUAUUUCUUCGUUUUACCCAGACUUGGCCAAUUCAUCAAUCAGUGACGAUUAGAAUUGCACGAUGACUUCACAGGUCAUGUUGUUGACUUGUUUUUAUUCCCAGACCCACUCGGAAGCAGUCCGCCUGGAUGAUUAUGACGAAUUAGCCAAUCACAAAGGCAAUGAAUCUGACAUGUUCCAGUGGCUUACCCAUCAGGCUUUGCACGGUUUGACAGAUGCUCAGGUGCGUUUCUUAAUAAUAAACAAAUGAACAUGUUAUUUUUUUGUCCAUUGGAGAAUGUUGGCAGAGAUUUAUAAAGGUUAAUUCCCUGAAACAGAACUCCCCUUUCCUCUCGUUGUCUUUAAAGCUUUCCAUGUUAUUUGUUUUCCCUGAAAAUAUGAGGUAAUAAUGUUAGUUUGGUGCAUUAGAACUUGGUGUGAAUGCAUUACGCAUUAUCUUCUUCAACGAUAUACUCGACGAAAUAUCUCGUUCUUGAUUGGUCAAUGACGAAUGUAUAAGUAGGUUCCAGAGUGCUCUACGGGACUUCCUUUUUUUAAAACUCCCACAGAAAUUUUGCAUUUAUUCGUUCACGCGAGCGGCAAGCUUCAAUUACGGACGCUUUUCAUGUCUGCUUCCCGAGUGUCCGCUUGCCAGCACUUUUACUUCGUUUAUUCAAGACGAAUUUGCCAUGUCCGUCCAACAUCUCCAAGGUUAUGCCAAUACCUCUUGUGGAAAAUCGUCUUGAAAAAGACCCCAUUAUUAUUUGCGAGUAAUCCCGAUUGUACAUGUAGGUUUCGAUACAUUACCUCUGACAAAAAAACCGUUGCAACGGUGUUAAAAAUCUACUUAUCAUUUUAGAACGUGCUUGCGGAGAUGUAUUAUUAUGGUAAACGUGGUUUGCAGAGAGAUUUGAACCGAGCAGUGAAGUAUUAUCAGAUGGGAGCCGAUAAAGGAGACCCUGAGGGACUUUAUAACUUGGGUGUGUCCCUAUUAAGGGUAAGAAAUAAACAAACUAAGACCAGAUUCUCAGUUUUAAUCUCAAAGAUUGAUUGCGAGCAAAUGUCAUGAAGUCAUGAAGGAAAACCAAUGUAAUGUUGAGUUUGUUUCAACACGUUAUCGUAAGUUUCUCUUUUGUAACCGAGUAUUUCUUUAAAUCUAAGGCGUUAAAGCGCAGUGAGUUGAUUUUUGUACUUCUUUUUAAAGGGCCAUGGUGUGGAACAGAACAAAACUGAAGCCAUCAAGCUGUUUCAAAUGUCUGCAGAACAGGUACAAACGCAUUUUUGACUCUUGGUUUACUAGCCCAUGUGGUGUCUGCUAACAGUGGUGCGUUACCACUAGGAAAUCAUGCUAAGUCGGUCGUCCAGUUAGAAAAAUGUUUCCAAUUUCCACACCUCCUUGUUAGGUUUUACGUCACAGCUUUGUGAUUCACACGACGUUAUGCUGCGCAACAUCGUUUCUGUCCAAUUCACCAGCCCAUAAUAUUUUUUCAACCACAUUCUUACUGGAAAUAUAUUAUUUUGUCGGAAAACGAAAUUAUUUUUUAUUUGGUUUGGAGUAGGACUUUCCACCUGCUUUAAACGCCUUGGGUUUUUACGAGGUGAACACGCGUCAGAACUACAGCGGAGCAGCGGAUUACUUUAGAAGAGCAGCUGCAAAGGGAGACAGAGAUGGGCUAACCAACUUAGCUGUGUCAUAUGACAACGGCUGGGUGGAAGGACAUCCUCCUGAUAAGGUAUGGAGAACGGAAGGGAGAGCUGGGCACGAGGAUUCUUCCACUCUCAAGAUCCAAUCCGUAGUCCUCCCCCCCUCCAACUUUUACUUUUUCUUCAUUAGUUUAGAGAAUUUGGUUUUGUUUCCAAGAGGCAACCUCUGGGUUUGUCUUCUCCCGUCAAAUAUUUUUCGGAUAAUGUAUUGAUAUCGUUCUUUCCAGGGGGGGAUACUUGGAUUGAUUUUUUUUUUCAGAUAAGUGCCGCUGGCCUCUCAGAACCUUUAUUCCAUCAAAGUGUAUUCUGUGGCCAAUUAUAGACACCAUCUUAAAUACUUUUAGUUAAACGUAAUAUUCGCGAUCCUAACUUAAUCACAUCCCGUUUUGCGUAUACCUUAUAAAGCCUUUUAAGCAUGUCAUCCGAAAAUGAACAGACACAUUUAAGCCCAAAAAUCAGGAAAAUGUGCGACCCCAUUCUAGUAAGUAGAUUGGAAAUGCAACCCCAUCAUAGUCGAUCCAGCAGUGAAAAUGCCAGCCCAUCUGGUGGCAGAUCCCCACGCCCCUAUUUCUAAGAGGUGCACCUCCCCAGCGCUCUUUAGUUCAAGCUGGCGUAUCAACAAAGAUGUCGAGAUAUGUAAUGUAGUCUCACUCUGGUUUCUUUUUUCUUUUUUCUUUUUUCAUUUUCUUUGGCAGAAAGAGGCAUUCAAGUAUUGGUUUGAGGCCGCUACUAAGGGUCACCCAGGGUCGUGUCUUACUGUGGGGGAAGGGGUCAGUAGUGGCCUGUAUGUUGAACGGAACUGUCCAAUGGGAGUUGUGUAAGUAGCUUAGUAGAGUGGCACAUGUUUCAGUUAACGCAAUUUUUUUUUGAUAUUCAUUCCGUUUAUUACUGCUUCUCCUUUUGCAGUUAUCUUCGAUUUGUAGCCGAACAGAAUCCUGAGCUUGGACGGUUAAUGAGGCGGGGCUUAGAAGCAUAUUACCAGGGGAACAUGUACGGCGAGUUAUAAUAAAAUUUUUUAAAUCUUUUUUUCAACUUUGCCGUUUGAUUAGUCUUAAAACCCUCUCCAGCUGAAAGGCAGCUUGGACGAAUUGUGAGUGCGUGAUCCAGAGGUCCUAGGUUCGAGUCCCGUUCCACAAGUUCUGCUAGUUGGGCUUUUACUCACGUGAUGUUUGAUGUGGAUUCUUUGUUUGUUGGAGCAGCUAAGCACAAUUUUCUUUUCCAAAGUAAAAUUUUACAGCAUUUUUACGCAUUUAUCUCCUAACCGACAAGGUGAAAACUUAAAACUUACUGCCCUCGGCACGUACUUAAUUCGAUCCCUCAUUGGCUCCUUUCGACAUUUUCCUUUGUUACGAUUGGCUGUUGUGAAAACUUUGGUUGUAUGAUGAUCUGUCAGACUUUUGGGAAAUUUUGAUAAAAGUGUUGAUUAAACAAAUGUUUGUCUCGUACCCAGACCUGCCACGGCUAAGCAGUGGCAAGGGAUCUCAGUUACGCGGGGGAUCUGGGUACGAGAUGAAAGAAAUGGUUUAUUGAUUAAAUAUUGGCCUUUUGAUUUCGGUGUUCUAGGUACCAGUCGCUCGUUUACUUUAUUUUAGCCGCCGAGGUUGGAAUGGAAGUACCUCUCUACAAUGCUGCUAUGUUAUGUGAAGAAAAUCAGGAUGAGCUGAACGGUGCGACCGCGGUGGACUGCACAUGGCGUUACUAUAACCGGUCAGCGGCUAUGGGCUGGGUGUUUGGUGAGGAACGAUUAUUUUUUGAUCAUUUGCUAGAACUUUCUCCUCACUCCAUAUUUUAUAUUGACAAAGUAAAACUUAGAAAUGAUGCAAUGAGCUUUGAUAAAAUGCAAUUUUUUUUAAAUUGUUUCCUUAAAGCUAUGAUUAAAGUGGGAGAUAAUCAUUGGUAUGGCAAAACUGUUCCUCAAAAUAUCACAUUUGCUGCUGAAAUGUAUGCAGAGGCGGCGUCGAAAAACGAUCUGCCACAGGUAAACUUCAUCCAUUCUCGCACCGAGGACUUUUAAGGUUUUAAUUGUUCACUCUUGUUGUUUAUCGUUCGUCCUCAGUUUACACCCGAAGACGCUCUCUUUUCUUUUUUUUUUUUUAACCAAUUUUCGUCAGCGCACUGUAACCUGUGACGUCAUUUUGGGUCUCUUGAAAGCGCAAAAAUAACGGCGAUAUUGGUUUUGGUAGUUGUGGUGUAUUACGUAAGGAGUCACGUUUGUCAGUCUUGUAUUCUUGUAACACAUGUGUCGUUUGGGAUCGUUUGACUACACGGCUGAGUUGACAUAUAUUGUCGGUAAAUAAAUCUUUAUUGAGUUUUUUUUUUUACGUCCCACUCAUAUUUUGGACACGGAAUGGUGCCAUACGCUGCUUUAAAACACGACGUAAGCCCGAUUCUUCCUAUGGCUUUUGGUAAGGCAAAAAACGGAAGAAGGUACUGAUCCGAACGUGGCGUAGUAGUGCGAUAGUAGAUAGGAAAAAAGGAGCACGAUAACGAAGUAUGUUAAUAUAUAGCAAUUUUCGAUUAAGAAUUUUCGUUGUUUGUCUUAAAUUACAGGCGGUUUACAACUUAGCUUAUAUGGUUGAAUAUAACUAUUCUUUGAAUGGAAUCCACUGGAAUGAUGUCAAUGAAGAGGAUAUCCUACAGGGAAACCUUACCUUUGCUGCGGCACUUUACGAAAAGUGAGUCUCUUAACUUUAAAACGGAAUCGUGUCAGAGCAAAUUUAAUCUCUUUUUCGUUAUGGCUGUUUGUCUGUUCAGCGUAUUUAAAAACUUGAGCUACCUUCUCAAACAAUCGUUCUUAAAACUGCAAGUAAUGACUAAAUCUCACUCUUUCCUCGCGCUCAGAGACUGUGCUUUUUUUUUCCGCACUUGGCUCUUGUGUUAUGUUAUUCUGCUUUUGACGCUCGUGCGCCGUUUUUCCGUGCUUGGGGCUCGUGCUGUGUUUCCCCGCACUUGGCGCUCGACUGUGUUUCCCGUGCUUGGCGCCCAUGCUGUGUUUUUUGCGCUUGGCGCUCGUGCUAUGUUUUCCCACGCUUGGCGCUCGAGCUUUGUUUCCUGUACGUGGCGCGCUGCUGAGUUUUCCUGCGCUUGGCGCCCGUGUUGUGCUCUAACGCACCUGACGUCCACGCUUUGCACCUGUUCUUACUGCGUGCACCAUAAAAUGUAGUAGAACAUAACGCGCAAUAACUUCAAUUCUCUGGUAGUAAAAUUUCGCUUACAUUUCAGAUGCCGAGAUGCUCCGGAAAACAAUAAUGAAUCUUUCUUACCGUGUGCAUUUGGGAUUGUGAGAAUCCAACUAAAGAUGUUUUGGAAAAAUCACACAGUAAUAGCUCAGGUGGGUUCAGGUCACCUCAUGCCGCUCGAUGAUGUCGCGUUUGGAGAAAAAAAGAAGAUAAAAAGCUGACAAUUGUUUCUCUUUCCGAUUGUUUUUAGGUGACUGCCGUAACUGUUACGUUUCUUGUUGGAGUGUGUACUGUUUGGAGUUUUUUCUCCGAAGGAAACGGACUCUGA